AAUUGGCCAUUCCCAUACCCCGGUACCAUGUCAGAAAAGCCUACACCUCCUUCCAAAGCGAGCGAAUGGUCUGGCACCAAAGCCAACAAGUUUGACAAUAAAGCGCAUAGCGAGUACUAUGAUCCGUGCCAGGAAGCUGCGGAUAGGAGCAUACGGUGUCUGAAGAGGAACGGUGGUGAGAGGGCCAUGUGUUCAGACUUUUUCCAAGCAUAUCGGGAAUGCAAAGAGCAAUGGCAAGCCGCGAGGAAAGAAGCUAGGAAGGGCAAGUCGUGGUUCAGUUGACCGAGUGUGUGGAAAUCCAACAACAGUUGUACAACAUCUCCUCUCUGCAUAAGCACGGCGUUUGGGUCUGGUUUUGAUGGUUGUAACAGCAGGGCGAUUACCGUCCAUAGCUUGGCUAGCUGAUGCGGACAUUGGCAAGCAGCGGAAAGGUCUGCUAGACAGACACUGAUUUUGUGCCCUUGAACGAAAAUCCAAGCAGCAAUAGCGAACCCACACGAUGCUGAGCACAAUGUGUAGCAAAGCCAAGCCAAGGCAAUGUCU